AUGCCUACUCCAUCAAGACCAGUGGUAGUUCAAGUCACAGUGAAAAGGCUAAGUGAAUUGAUGGCCGCCCCACCUAUCAGCAAAAUGCAUUUCCUUCUGAAGUCCCAAAUGCUUCAGCCUAAAACUUCAACCACCUCUGCACCUCACAUGUUACGAGUGGCAAGCUGUGGCAAUAUCCAUCAAACAUGCUUGGGGCAUGAGUUUUUGCCCUAUGGGCUGCUGCCUAUUGGACUCCCCAUUAGGCCAGCAGCCAGCCACAGCUUUCUGCUCGCAGACUCCCUACAGGGUGAGCAACUGACUCUUGAAAGCAAUGAUGGCACCGUUCUACAGGAGGACAUCAGUUCUCCCAACUGCAGCAUCAAUGAUCUGGCACCUGCUGGCAGCCUCUGCAUACCAACCAAUCAAGGAAGUGAGGUGAAAGCUACAUCCCCCUGCUUGCCAUCUAGCCCUGCUGCAGAGUGGGCAUUGGAGAGAGAGAGGGCCCAUGCUGUCCAGCUAAACAGGAAGGCUGACUGCCACCGUGCUGCCCAUGCAAAGCAGAGAUAUAAGGAGAGGGAGGGGCGUGGGCACCUACCAUACAAAUUGAAUGUCCUUACCCUUAGAAAGCAGGUUGUGGCUGAUGGCAAUUAUGUGUAUGGAUCUUUCAAUCAAAAGGAUUUCAAAGGCACAGAGGGGGGCUGGAAGGGUUCAAGGGCAGAGUUGGAAGAGCGGAGGCAGUAUGAGCUGGAUGAGCUCCUUAGAAUGGGCUUUAAACUUGUUCAAUGGGAUGGCCAGACCCCCAUGCCAGUAAUUGACAAUGAAGGCUAUAUCAUAGCAAUGCUUGCUGGGCAGCCAAAGUCUGCCCCUGACUCAUCUGCUAAGGGGAAAAAGGUCUACAGUGAAAUCAUAGAGGAGGUAACCUCCCUAUUUGACCACCUUCAAGGCCUGCUGAAAGGGAAGCUACCUCGAAGGGGCCUCUACCAUGCUGUGACAACAGGGAUCUUGUAUGGCAGAGGGCAGCAGACAGGCUCUACACAGAAUGCCCAGAUCAAAAGAGGCCAUGGCAAAGUAGUAAAAUGCCUGCCUGUACCUUUAACCUGGGUCCAGGCACUGCUACCUACCACAGAUGCUGCACUGCUGGGCUGGUGCUUUGUCACAGCCCUAGGUCACUUCAAUCAUGUAAAGGGGGCACACAUUGUUUUUUGGGAACUUGGCCUAGUGAUUGAAUUUCCUGCUGGAUCCACGAUUCUCAUGCCCUCUGCAGCUAUCACUCACUCUAAUGCAAGUAUCCAGGAGGGGGAGGUCAGAUAUUCAUUCACCUCCUAUGCAGCUGCUGGGCUGUUCUCCUGGGUAUACAAUGGCUUUUAUUCUGAUGCCAAUAUCAAUAUGACCCUACAGUAUCCCAGGAGGAGAAGCAAGAUCACGCAGAGGAAAGAGGGAGUUAAUGGAAAGAGGCUUUGA